AUGAAUCUGGUUGCAUCAGAACUCCGCCCUGAGCUAGCUUUCGCUCCACUUUCUUUCUUUCUUUCCUCCACUGACAUCUUCUUCUUCUUCGGCUUCAACUCCGAACCCUCUCUUUCGCAGCUCUCUCCGUCCACAAAAUCCGCCAGAACUCUCCACUUUCUCGGCAAACAAACACAUCCGGCUUUGAAUCGGAACGGAAGAUUCGUCUACGACGAUACAGCACUGGUUCCGGCGAUCGACGAACACGCCGUCGGCUUCCCCUUUCUUCACAUGAAUUCUUACAAACCCUAA